AUGGCGCACCGUCGGAUCUCCUCUGCAGAAAAAGGGAAGGGGCUAGACCUAGGGUCUCAACAACCAUCUCGCUCUGCUCGUGUGAGGGUUCCCCUCCCAGACAACUCGGAAUUACUUCGCAAACAUUCACUCACCCUUAUCGGUAGAGUAACAAACAAGACAGCACAGAAAGUCUGGUCGUUAAUACCCUUUUUCACGGAGCACUGGAAAACAGAGUUCAAGCCGGUUGGAGCUGAUCUAGGCAAUGGACUAUUUCAAUUCCAGUUUGAACGAGAAUCUGAUCUGCUAGCGGUAUUAGAGCAGCACCCAUACCACCAUGCAAGAUGGAUGAUCAUUUUGCAGUGCUGGGAACCUACGGUUUCCCCCAGCUUCCCUUCCCUUAUUCCUUUUUGGAUUAAGGUUCAAGGACUCCCUGUUCAUCUUUGGACAGAACCUACCCUUAGAUGUAUAGGGGCAGAUAUCGGGAUGUACGAGAAGGCUGAAAUCACUCCCCUUACCGCUAGAAUGAGAGUCCACAUCGAUGGCCUGCUCCCAUUAAUCAAAGAAUCUGUCGUGGAGUAUCCAAACGGAGACGAGGUUAUUACUACUCUGGUGUAUGAGCGCUUGGAUAAGCACUGCACCAAAUGCCAUCGACUUGACCAUGAACUAAAAGAAUGCCUAGUGGCUAGGGCAGAAGCAAGAGCUCUGAAGACGUCCCAAAAGGAAACUAGAAGCAAACCAGUCAGCCACUCAGGCCAGGAAGCGGGCUCAGCCAGAGAAGCUUCCCUCGCUUCAGCUCAUAAUGAGCCUAGCCACAGAGAAAGAGGCCAGCGAAGUACAGCCCCUUUCCAGUUCUCAGCCUCUAACCAGAGACAAAACUUUGAAAAAAGACCUACGAAGGACUUAAGAGAAACGCUGCACCACAGAGCAUAUAAAGAUCAACCAAAAACCUGGCAAGAAAGGAGCUCAUAUCGCCGGUCGAAUCAGGCUAGGGAGAGAGCCAGAGGAGCAGCGUUACCUCCCUCCCCCCCGAACAGAAGCUACUAUCGGGAGGUUCCUAGGAAAGGAAUAGAUACAAAAGAUACAGGAUCUAGUGUUUCCAAGCAGCUGAGCAGACCAGCCAAAGGGGGGAAUCCCCCGGAAAAUGAAAACGAUCUGAACUCAGUACCGCAUGCUGCCCUACAAGCGGCUAUAGGCGAAGUUAGGGACGUCAUGUUACAGUAUACUAGAGCCGCUGACCCGACAGAAAGAGAGGCAAGAAUUGAAAGGGUGAGACAGGCUGAGGAGAGAGGUGAGCUAGAAGAAGCUGCCCUCCAUAUGCUGCAAGCAUCUAACAAUACGAUCAGCAAGGACAAUACCCCAGCCAAUGCCACUCCGGAGCGCCUCUCAGCCUCCCAGAGAUUAGGACCGGCUCCCCAGUCCCACUCUACUGAUAGAAGGAAAUCUUCCGCAGAUCUCAGCACAGACGACCUGGAAAGACUACCAGCAACUCUUCGACUAGGCCCCCCUCCCUUGGAGCUAGGCCAGCUCAGCAACGAGAGGAGCGAAAUCCAGACAGUGACAACAACUGAAAGAGUUCCAGCCCCCCUGCGGCUAGGACCUUUAAACCUUGAGAAUGCGGAGACACGGGUUGUACCGGAGCCAGAGCCGACUAAGAGGAAGCCAGGCCGCCCUCCUGGCCCAAGGAAUAAUACAAGGGAAAAUCCUAGUUCCAAAACAAGAGUAAUAGCAAGUAAGAGAAAGGUUACACAAAAGCCUUCUCCAAUUCGCCGGAAGAUCACUGCAGACUCAGAGGGUACAACAACAAUAAAGAAAAAGACAGGUAGAGCGAAGACAGGAGGAACCUCUCGAGCAGUCUACGCGACGUCGGAUGGAUUUUCGGAUUCCAUCCAGCCUCGCUCCUUAGCGAUUGCUAGUUGGAACUGUCUAGGGUUGGGGAAUCCCCGGACAGUUCGACGCCUAGGAGAGAUAUCAAAGAAGUAUGAUCCUGAUAUUAUCUUCAUAAUGGAAUCGAAAAAUCCCGAUGAAGUGGUACUGAAAAAGCUCGAGCAUCUCCGCCUGAAGUAUGAUUGUCACCACCUGGUCUCUCCAACGGGUCAUGGAGCAGGAGGGUUAGGACUCUUCUGGAAACAAGAGUUGAAUCUCCAAAUUCUAGAAUCAAAUGCCCAUGUAAUAGACACAAUUGUAGCUUUUGAAGGAAAGUCUUUCUACUCUUCUUUUGUCCAUGGUAGCACCGACAGAAAUCAACAGAAUUUAUUAUGGGACCAUCUGGUUACAGAAGCUGUAGGAAGGGAUGAACCUUGGUUCGUAACCGGUGAUUUCAAUGACCUUAUAAAUGGCGCAGAAAAAGAUGGUGGAACGGAAAGAACAGAGGGAUCUUACUCUGACCUCCGUACUUUCUUUUCGGAGGGGGAUCUGUUUGAUCUCCAACACUCAGGAGACUUCCUGUCAUGGCGAGGAAAGCGAGGAGAUCACCUUGUACGGUGCAGGUUGGACAGAGCAGUUUCUAACACCCAAUGGGCGGAAUGUUACCCGACGGCUCGGUGCGAAUAUCUCGGCUUCGAGAGCUCUGAUCAUAAACCCCUUAUAUCCUUUUUUGAUAGAGGAAACAGGAGGAGGAGGGGCAUGUUCCGCUAUGAUCGCAGACUGUGCAACGAUGAAGAAGCGAAGAAAGUGAUAUCUGAUUCAUGGCGCGCUUCGGUCAACACCUCAGUCAGCGAGAAACUCAGCUCAACCCGAAGUGCGAUCUCAGAGUGGAACAAAACGCAACAACGCAAUAGCCAGAGAAUUAUAGAGCAGCAGAAACGAGAGCUUGAUGCGGCUCUCUCCAGCCCAGCAAAUGAUACCGUCCUGAUCCAAACGAUCUCCGAGAAGCUCAAUGCGGCCUACUUAGCUGAAGAGGAGUACUGGAAACAGCGGAGUAGACUCCUGUGGCUCAAGCUAGGAGAUCGUAAUACCGGCUUCUUCCAUGCUAUAACUAAAAGCCGGAAAAGAGCUAAUGGCUUCUCAGUCCUUGAAAACGAAGAGGGGCAGAUGGUCCACAAAGAAGAGGAGAUUGUGGAGGUGAUAGGCAACUAUUUCCAAACGCUGUUUGAAUCACACCCGGGAGAUAGGGAAGAAACAGUACGCCGGGCCCUCAACCCUAUUGUCUCUGAGGAGGAAAACAUAGCUCUCAUUGAUGUUCCGACAGCAAGCGAGAUCAGAGAAGCCUUAUUUGCGAUCAAUGCUGGAAAGGCACCAGGCCCGGACGGGUUCUCGGCGGGAUUCUUCCAUACUCAUUGGAAUGAGAUAGGGCCUGAUAUUAUAAGGGAGGUGCAAGGAUUCUUCGCGGGAGAGCCAUUGCCCGAGGGGAUAAACAGCACACACAUACGGCUCAUUCCGAAGAUCUCCCAACCGCAGAAAGUCUCGGACUACCGACUGAUAGCCCUGUGUAAUGUUUAUUACAAGAUCUUCUCUAAGAUCCUAACUAGGAGGCUUCAACCACUGAUGGAUAAACUGAUCUCGGAGAACCAAUCCGCCUUCGUACCAGGAAGGGCCAUAGGAGACAACGUUCUCAUCACGCAUGAGGUCCUCCACUACCUCAAAACCUCCAAAGCGGAGCAGCGGUGUGCGAUGGCGGUAAAGACGGACAUGAGCAAGGCAUAUGACCGGCUCGAAUGGGAGUUUAUCUCGCUUGUAUUUGCUCGGCUGGGAUUCCACCGAGAUUGGAUUAGAUGCAUUAUGCAAUGUAUCACAUCUGUUACAUACUCCUUCCUCAUUAACGGCUUGCCUAGAGGGAAGGUAGUACCGAGUAGAGGUCUCCGCCAAGGUGACCCUCUUUCUCCCUACAUAUUCAUCAUGUGUAGCGAAGUCCUCUCGGGAUUAUGCAACAGAGCGCAAGAAGAAGGCUCUCUCCAGGGUCUGCAAGUUGCUCGGGGCAGCCCCCGCCUGUCUCACAUCUUCUUCGCGGACGAUACAAUGUUCUUCCUCCAAGCUGAUAAGGAGAAUUGUGCAUCUCUAAAAACCAUCUUGAGUGACUACGAGCAAGCUUCGGGACAGUGCAUCAGCAAGGAAAAAUCAGCCAUCACCUUCUCCAAGAAAGCCCCGGCGAGCCUAAAGAUUAUGGUCAAAGCUCAACUGCAAAUUGAAAAAGAGGGAGGAGCUGGAAAAUAUUUGGGACUACCCGAGCUGUUCGGACGUCGUAAAAAAGAUCUCUUCUCCUCGGUCGUUGACAGGAUAAAGCAAAAAGCACGGAGCUGGAAAAACCGAUACCUCUCAGCGGCGGGAAAGCUGGUAAUGCUUCAGAGUGUGCUCUCUGCAAUCCCUUCUUAUCCGAUGUCCAGCUUCAUGAUGCCGGUUUCCCUAUGUAAAAGAAUUCAAUCCGCGGUGACACGGUACUGGUGGGAUCACAAUGAAAAUGAGAGGAAGAUGGAGUGGGUGUCUUGGGAAAGUAUGGCAAAGCCAAAAGCGGCAGGUGGUUUAGGCCUCCGAGACUUCCAAGAGUUCAAUGUUGCUAUGCUGGCCAAGAUUGGGUGGAGAUUAUACCAGAAGCCAGAUUGCUUGCUAGGGAAGGUUCUCUUUGGGAAGUAUGGCCCGGGGAGCGAUAUUCUGAACACUACUCCUUCAUCUACAAUGUCGCAUGGGUGGAGAAGCGUGCUAUUGGGCAGGGACCUUUUACUACAGAAUCUGGGGUGGCUGGUUGGAAAUGGAGAGUCGAUAAACCUCUGGGAUGACCCCUGGCUGAGCCUGACCAGUCAAGAGAGACCCAUGGGACCUCCGAAUGAGGCGCACGUGAAGCUUUCGGUCGCUGACCUUAUAGACCAUACAACAAAGGACUGGGAUGUUGCUAAAAUUCAACUACUACUCCCAGCCUAUGAAAACAGUAUCACGAGCAUCAAACCAAGCCUUACCGGGACUCCGGAUAAGCUCGUCUGGUUAGGCACAAAAUCUGGAGAGUAUACAACAAAAUCUGGAUACUAUACUGCAGUUAACAAAGAGGAUAACAUGGCGGGCGUGGCCAUUGCAGGUGGAUUCAAGUGGAAGAAUAGCGUUUGGAAUCUUCCAUGCGCGCCAAAGGUCAAGCUCUUCUCUUGGAAAUUACUUAGAGGAGCAAUCCCUGUGGGCGAAAGACUCGUUGAGAGACAGGUACCGAUAGACCCUCUCUGUAAACGCUGCAGCUGUUCAGAAUCUAUUGUUCAUCUCCUAUUCCACUGUCGUUUUGCUCAAAGAGUAUGGCACCUUGCCCCUCUUGCUACGACCCUGGAUGUCAGCAGAACUAUAGAUUUGAUGUCUAGCUGGGACAGCCUUUGCGCUCUCAAGUGCCUUCCCCCUGCAGGUAUCACUACUGGAUCGCUUGUUCCGUGGAUCUUGUGGUCACUUUGGAAAGCUCGGAAUAACUUUGUGUUUGAAGGCCACUCAGCCUCUCCUGAGGAAACCUUAUCGACCGCCAUAAGACUUGCAAGAGAAUGGGGCGUGGAAGUUAAGAAAGACGAUAAUCUUGGCUCGAGACAGACUCCUUUGGAAAUAGUUCCACCUUGCCCGGGAUCGCUGGUGGUAAGAACUGAUGCCGCGUGGUCUUCAGAGGCUAACGAGGCGGGUUUGGGAUGGGUCAUCUUCUCAAAUGCGGGAAACUCCUCUUUCAAGAAACCAGUGAAUCGUGUAGCUACACCACUGAUGGCGGAAGGGCUUGCUCUCAGAGAAGCAGUUCAAACAUGUGUGACCUUGGGCGUGAAAGCGGUGACCUUCCAGUCAGAUUCGUCGCAACUGAUAAAAGCAGUGACAGGAGGGGUAACGACAAUCGAACUCUACAGUGUGGUCGCGGACAUACACUCUUUUGUUUCAGUCUUUGAUUCGGUAUCUUUCUCUUGGAUCCCUCGAGAAAGAAAUGUAAUCGCAGAUGCUUUAGCAAAGGCUGCUUUGAUUGUGGCUGGUACUUUGGUGGUUGAGGAUGCUUUCAUAGCUCCCAACUAA